UGAUCGAUUAUCAAGUUCACAAUGUCAGGAAAACAAUUUCUUUACUUGUUUCUUACGGUGUGUAUUUUGAUUUUAGCAAGCCUUUACUUUUAUCAAGCAAAAAUUCCAAAACAAGGCACUCUGAUUUUGGGACAGACAAGUGGUAGAAGUCUACAUGAGGUGUAUGUGAGAGGUCUAGGAGAUGGGAUACAUGAACCUCCUUCCUCUAACUCUCCAAUGGGGAGGUAUGAAAACGCAGCAAUAGCCACAGAUCAUGCAAAAUGCUCCAAGAUAGGGAAAGAUAUGAUGUACAAUGGGGGCUCGGCAGUAGAUGCAGCUAUAGCUGCUAUGUUGUGCAUUGGGGUGCUACAUUCACAGAGUGCUGGUAUUGGAGGUGGCUCUCUUGCAACAAUCUAUGAUACUAAAAAGCGUGAUGUUUUGACAUUGGACUGUCGAGAAGAGGCUCCAUCUAUUUCAAAUACGCACAUGUUUGUUCAAAACAUGGAUGCUUCAUUAACAGGUGGGUUAGCUAUUGGAGUCCCUUCCCAAGUAGCAAUUUGUUACAAAAAGAUGCAUGAGCUAUAUGGUACCUUACCAUGGAAGGCACUAUUCCAGCCUACUAUAGAAAUAUGCAGAGAGGGCUUUAAGAUUGGUCAAGCAAUGGGAGCUGGAUUAGAACGUCAAACAAGAGAGUCUUUGAACCCUGGGAUGAAGAUAUUUAUCAACCCUGACACAGAUGAACCCUACCAGGAGGGUGAUUAUAUGAGAAUGCCUGAUCUUGCAGACACAUUGGAGCUGAUCGCUGAGAAAGGAGCCCAGGAGUUCUACCAUGGGGACCUGGCAAGGAGUGUUGUCAAUGAGAUACAAGAAGCAGGGGGAAGAAUCAUCUUAAAAGAUCUAAGGAGUUAUAAUGUGCUGGUUAAAAGAGCACUGAACCUCACUCUAGCUAAUGGUAACUACACCGUAUUGUGUCCUCCACCUCCCUCUGGUGGGGCAACCCUAUUGUAUGUGCUGAACAUUUUAGAUGGUUAUAACUUCAGUGCUGACAGUUUGGCAACAACCCAGAAGUCAGUACUUACUUACCAUAGAAUAAUAGAGGCAUUCAAAUUUGCUUUUGCCAAACGAUCUCUUUUGGGAGAUGAGCGUUUCACUAACACAGAUGAGAUUGUAAAACUAAUGAUGUCCAAAGACUAUGCAGCCCAUAUACGUGACAUUAUCACAGAUGAAGAAACACAUGAUUAUAACUACUAUGGUGCGGAGUAUGAUAAUGUUGAGAAUCAUGGGACAUCACACCUUUCAAUACUGGGGCCUGAUGGGAUUGCAGUUUCCCUUACGAGUACCAUAAAUACAUUUUAUGGCUCAAAAGUGCUGGGAACAAAGACGGGGAUCUUGUACAACAACAACAUGGAUGACUUUGCCACACC